AUGCAACAACAAGUGAAUCUUAAUCAGAAUGCACCUCCUCCCCCUCCACCACCUAAUCAACGAGCUUUGUUAGUUAGAAGGUUUAGUGAACAAAAGCCCGAUUCCUUUAAAGGUAGUCCUGAUCCACUGGUCGCUGAAGAUUGGAUAGAUAAGAUUGAGAAAAUAUUCACCCUAUUAGGCGUGAAUGACGAGGAUAAGCUGGAUCUUGCUGUUUUUAAGCUUGAGGGUGAGGCCACUCGCUGGUGGGACUUGACUCGUCGUUCUAGGAAUGACGGUCUGUUUACCUGGGUAGAAUUUCGACUCGCCUUCCUAAAUAAGUACUUUCCACAAACUGCACGAAACCAACGCAUGAUCGAGUUUAUGCAGUUGACUCAGAGAAAUAUGACCGUAGCACAGUACCAAGCCAAGUUUGAAGAACUUUCUCGUUUUGCUAUUCAUCUGGGUGGAGAAUGA